UGGGGGCACUAGGGGAGCCGCCGCCUGGGCCGUCCGCCCUCUGUGUAGGCCGCCUCCCUUCCCGGCCCGGGGAGGAAACGUGAGGCGGGGGGGAUGUGAACGGCUGUGGGAGUCGGAGUCUUCGGGAGCCGGAGCCCGACGGGCCCCCGCCCAGGCCCCCCAGCCCAGCCCGCCUGCGCGCUCGCCCGCGCGUCCUCCCGCCCAGCCAGCCCGGGCCCGCGGGAUUGUUAGAUGGAACACGGCUCCAUCAUCACCCAGGCGCGGAGGGAAGACGCCCUGGUGCUCACCAAACAAGGCCUAGUCUCCAAGUCCUCUCCUAAGAAACCACGGGGCCGGAACAUCUUCAAGGCCCUGUUCUGCUGUUUCCACACCCAGCAUGUUGGCCAGUCAAGCCCUUCCACUGAGCUCACAUACAAGGAGGAGACAAACACCAUUGCUAAGUCGGAUCUGUUGCAAUGUCUCCAGUACCAGUUUUAUCAGAUCCCUGGGACCUGCCUGCUCCCAGAGGUGACAGAGCAAGAUCAAGGAAGGAUCUGCGUGGUCAUCGACCUGGAUGAAACCCUUGUGCAUAGUUCCUUUAAGCCAAUCAACAACGCUGACUUCAUAGUGCCUGUAGAGAUUGAGGGGACCACUCACCAGGUGUAUGUGCUCAAGAGGCCUUAUGUUGACGAGUUCCUGAGACGCAUGGGGGAGCUCUUUGAAUGUGUUCUCUUCACUGCCAGCCUGGCCAAGGCUUCUUUUGUUCUUCCAGUAUGCCGACCCCGUGACAGACCUCCUAGACCAGUGUGGGGUGUUCCGGGCCCGCCUGUUCCGGGAGUCUUGUGUGUUCCACCAGGGCUGCUACGUCAAGGAUCUCAGCCGCCUGGGCAGGGACCUGAGGAAGACCCUCAUCCUGGACAACUCACCUGCGUCUUACAUCUUCCACCCGGAGAAUGCAGUGCCCGUGCAGUCCUGGUUUGAUGACAUGGCAGAUACAGAGUUGCUGAACCUCAUUCCAAUCUUUGAGGAGUUGAGUGGAGCAGAUGAUGUCUACACCAGCCUUGGGCAGCUGCGGGCCCCUUAGCCUUCUUGCUUCCAAGAAACGGCCAUCCCAGUAGGGGACUUUGCUACACUGUGCCUUUCUGAUCAGCCUGGCUGACCUAGCCGAGCAGGAGCUGGAGCGCUUGCCCGAGAGGGUCUGGACGUCAUUGGAAAAUGAUGACAGGAUCUUUAGGGCAGCUUAGAUGCAGAGCAGGCAAAUUGGAGCUGUCCAGAGCUGUCUGCACCCAGUGUGUGGUUCCGGGAGAGAGAGAAUGUGUGCAUGUGUGAGUGUGCCCAUAUGGUGAACUAUGGCCCUGGGUGUCCAGUGUCCAGUAGGAAGAGAGGCUGAAAGAUCAAGACUCAACCCAAGUCCUCUGUCUCCUUUCCUACUGACCUGUGAGUUGUCAAGCUUUACAGUGAUGACAGCUGUUGUAGGCUCCCUUGCCAAACCAUGGCCUUUCCUCAGUUUCACAAGGCCUGUGUCAAGGAGAAAGAAGCCAGAGGCUGCCUUGAUGCCCCAGACACACACCCUUCUGAAAACGUAAAAUAUUAGCCAGCAACUGCAGACAUCCCAGGGACGAUGAGAACGUGUUUGCAGAACCAGUGCUCAAAAUCACCAGAUCCUGUGCAAACCCCCCCCCCCCCAAUCUGGCUCCAGCAGAGUGCCUGCCACCAUGGGCCCUGCUGUGUCUGCCCGGGCUCCAGCACCAAGCCAGCCUUCGCACUCCCUACCCAUAGUCUUUAACUCCCAUGGGGAAGGAGGUCUUCUCCCUCCCCUGGAAAAGGACACAGAACUGACUUCUGUUCUUUCUACUCUUUUUAAAAUUCUCUUUAUAAACAUGGAGUUGGGCCUGGUUUGUGUCCAGCUGAGCUGCAGUCCGGGGCCUGAGACGCGUACGGGAGGUGCUAGGGUACAGGGAAGCUAAUGUGCCAGCGGACUGCGCCUCCCUGACUAGAUCUGGGAGUGCUGGUGCAAGGACAUUAGCCCCAAAGGACAGAGAGGGCUGCCAGGCUGCCCCAGCCCUCCUGCUGCCCAGGCAGGGCUCUUUCGUAUUGUGUCUUCCUUUUGGUCCUGGUUGUCUUGUCUGAUCUAACUUUAUCCCUUUCUGGCUGUUUCUCUUCCUCUCCAGGGCCUUGGGAGAACUACUUUCCCAGGACUGAGGGGUUGCAGGUCUUGUUGUCAUUGCUUUGCCAAAUGGGUAAAUGCCUCCUGCCUCCGGUGGUAACUAGACUGAGUGAGGUCCUCACCGCCCUGCACUCGGGGUCUCUCAAGUUCUCAGUCUUACAGGCUUUAACAAAGAGUGGCAGGAUUUCCCCUGGUGGAGACAAAGGGAAAUGCUGCUGCUCUCACUUGGAGCACAAGGGGCCCCUGAGGCACCACCUCAGCAAUACUGCCUUAAUUGAGUCCCGCCCCCAGGGUUGGGUCAGGUCCCCUCCCCCCUUGGUGUUCCUAGCCCUAGCUCUCUGCUUUUCCUGGAGGCAGGUGCCAGCACCUGUGAAUUGUUUCAGGUGCAGUCUCCGCCCACUCAGGAGCCUUGCAAUAUUGUUUCCUUUCCGUGUACUAGAUCCUGCCUCGGGAACUAGCAGGUCUCAACAAAGCCUGGUGGUGGGGCUUGGUGUCCUGUCAGAUAAGUGUCUGGCAUCCUUCUAGCGUUGUGCAGUCUUCCUCCUUAGUCCAAGGCUGUGGAGCCUUGUCUUUCAUGUAUGGACAGAGCAGGACAGACUCCCGAGUUCAUGUCAUUUCCCACAGCAUUAUCUGCUGGUGCCUGUGGGGUCCUGCCAAGAGACGGGAGAGCACUCCAGGUGCUAGCCAGGAAUACGGGAGCUUGGUUGUGGCUUCAGAUCUUACUGCCACCCAAAUAUUGCAGGAGGGGGUCCUCUUGCAAGGCCUGCUCUGAGGACUAGUCCUGACUAAGCAAUAAGAGCCUCAGAGUUGAAUUCCAAGGCCCCUUUCUGCCUUGGUCUGCAUCUCCAUGUUUUAACCUCCUAGAGGAGGAGCCUGUGCUCCGUCCUUGCUGUCGGGCAUGUGCAAGGACUGGAUGUGAUCCACAACCAAAACCCAGAGUGGCUUCAUGGAGGAGUCCUGCUGCUUCUGCAGGAAGCCCGGCUUUCUGGGCCCUUCUGCCACCAGAAUCCCUUCCCCCACCUGUAGUCUGCUACAGAGAUGCCAACCCCUCUUUCCAAACCUAGAGGACCUGUCCUGCUUGCUACUAGCUCAUGUCUUAGAGGCAAGUGGUGGUGGUUUGGGGGUGCCACUCGGAGAACUCAGGCAGGCAGAGAGCAGGCAUGGCUGGGCAGGAACUAGCUCAUCUGUGGCCGGCUUGCCACUAGCCUUCCCUUUGCAGACUAGUCUGCAGGAACCUGAAUUAGACCACCUGCCCUGGUGUCCGCACCCACUCGAGCCACGCCAGCAAUGUACCCAGCUGUCAGGGUCAGCUCUUUAAGGUGCCUCUUCAGGGACACAGUGUGUCUCUCUGGUUGGGCUUCUAAAUCAAAAGCCUGAUGUUCGUGUCCCUCUUAUAGGGGGAGCUUUGGACACAGGACCAGUUUGAUAAAGGGCCAGGUAAGGGUUUCCACUCUGCACAUUGUAGAGGGGACACUGUAGGCCCAUGGGUCCCUAAUUAAAGAGGUUGAGUGAAUUUGCCUUCAUUUAACCAGGGAUCUGUUUCAUUCCCUCCUGCCUCCCAAAGAUUUCUGUGUAAUUGUAUAGCCCCUUCUGUUAACAGUGGCUCAGAAAGCUUCGUACUAAAAGCAUGGGGCUGUCAGGGCAACCGUUCCUUGGGAAAUGGAUCCUGAGUGAUUCCCUGCCCUGCCCUGUUCCAGAGGCCUCUUAACAGUGCCAGUGCAGCCCGAUCGUGGAUGUUCUGCAUCCAGCGUGUCAACCUGACUAACUGUAUGAGAACGGUUAGCCUGUUUUCUCCUUUAGGCUACUUAGCCACAGUUACUUUUCAGUUCCUUUUUUUUUUUUUAAUGCCUUACCUUUGUCUUUUUGUUUCAGACAGGGUUUCAUGAGUCCAGGCAGGUGUUAGAACUUACUGUUUAGCCAAGGAUGAUCUUGAACUUGUGAUCUCUGCCUCCACCUCCUGAGUGCUGGCUCAUGUGGUGCUGGUGACAUCCAGGACUGCAUUCGUGUCAGACAAGCACUACCAACUGAGCUACACCUCCAGCUCCCCUUUCCUUUUUAGAAAACAUCGGUAGUAAAGACGUCAGGGAGAAGAGGUGACAAGUCUGGCCAGCUGUUCUGCCUACCCCGCUAGUACAGAGUCAGCUCCUGAGACAGCCUCUCUCAGGCUGGUGAUGUUCUUUGCCUGUAAUUACCCCCAGAAUUGCCUAUUUCCUCUUUCAAAAGAUGCCAUUUGGAGGGGAGGGGUCUGCUUCCCACUGUGACUGGGUUAUGGGAUCCUUGACCACCUUGCUUAUGAUUUGAUACAUUUAUUGUAUUCAAAAACUUGAAAUGUAGGAUGCCAUUAAGAGUCUGUUUAUAUUUUUGGAAUAUUUGUAUUACUUACAAUUAGUUAAUAAAGGCUGGUUUUAAAACCUU